AUGUCUUGUAUUGAUCUACUUCGAGGAUACGCAUCGCACGAUCUACUGCCGCGAGAGGAGAUCAUUAGUGCAACGUCCCAGCUUUUGGCGCCAGUGGAUAGAGAUUUCGACGAUAAUGAAGAAGAUAAACACCCCUUGGUUUACGGAACUGAUCAGGGCUCUCUGUGGGUCCGCAAGUGCAUAUGCAAUUUUCAAAAUGAAACCUUUAACCUGGAUCACAGAAGCCGGAUGGUGACAAAACCUGAAUUUUUGAAUCUUACUACUGGUGCCAGCUAUGGGUUCAUGAACAUCCUACUGCAGACUACACUCCCACAUACAAAUUACACUAGACAAGCAUUUAUCGUGACGCCAACCUACUUUCUCAUUAAUGAUGCCUUUCUUGACGCCGGAUUUACAGGAAAAUUGACAGCCAUAGAGGAACUAGACGAUGGCUUAGAUAUCGCGUUUCUGGAGAACAGACUACAAUUUUUCGAUAGCACUGCUAGCGAUUACGACGACUCUGACUCUCUUCAUCUAAUUAACGCCAAGAAUGGUCGGAAAAAGAUAUAUCGUUACGUACUGUAUCUUGUUCCAACAUUCUCAAAUCCCGGGGGUGUGGUUUACUCCAAGGACUGCAGAAUGAAAUUACUGGCAUUGGCUCGGACAUAUGAUAUGCUUAUUAUUUCAGAUGAUGUCUACGACCUUUUAUCGUUCGAUGGUUCAGAUACCACACCACCAGAGUUGCGAUUUCCUCAUCUAGAUAGAGAGACGCUCCCAAAUGGAAACACCUACGGUAAUACAGUAUCGAACUGCACAUUUUCUAAAAUCGUCGCUCCAGGUUUGAGAACUGGAUAUCAGGAAACCGCCAACGAAAAUUUGGCUGGUCAGCUAUCUCGCGGCGGCGCUAAUAUUUCUGGGGGAACACCUUCUCAGCUUAAUUCAAUGAUCGUUGGUACAAUGAUAUCAAAUGGUUCUAUCAAACAGAUCAUACAACGAAUGGUAUGCACUCUGCGCACAAGGUCCCAAAUUUUGAAAAAGUCAGUCAGCCUUUAUCUUCCCAGAGGGUCUAUUUGCCGAGAAAUUCGGGGAGGGUACUUCACUUGGUGUACACUUCCUGAACCCUAUGAUGCGAGUGAAAUAUGUAAAGAAGCAAAAGACAGAGGGUUGUUGCUUGGAGACGGGUCUCUCUUUGAGGUGUUUGGUGAUGAGAAAGGCUGGGGGAAAAGCAGCGUCAGGCUAUGUAUAAGUUUUGCUAAUGCUGAAGAAAUUGAAAAGGCCAUCAAAAUAUGGGGUACGUCAUGCCAGUGGUACAUUGAACACUGGGCAGAGAUUCAAAGUAAGGGAGAUCACCUUGGCAUCGCGCCGUAA